GAAAGAGCGAACGAGCAGCCCAAAGAUCAGUCACUCUCAGCUGGUGCUCCAACCUUCAACACAGCAUCCAGAGAUCACAUUAUUGUGCUAUGCGACGCAGAGACGCCACUUGAGCUUUGGCUUAACAGAGGUCUCCGCAUCUGUCUGAAGCGGAGUUUCACAUUAAUGCCCGAAGGAUUUGCGUUAAAUCUUUAAUUGUGCAUCACUGAACAGCAUGGAACAUUGGAAACAGUGCGCGUUAUGGCUGAUCAAUUGUAAGGUGCUCCCGCCGAACCAUCGGGUGACAUGGGAGUCCGCUCAGGUGUUCGACCUGGCGCAGACACUGCGGGAUGGGGUUCUCCUGUGCCAGCUCCUCAACAACCUGAGGCCCCAGUCCAUCAACCUGAGGGAGAUCAACCUGAGACCGCAGAUGUCACAGUUUCUUUGCUUGAAGAACAUCAGGACAUUUUUGCAUGCCUGCUCAGAAAUAUUCGGCAUGAAGAAGAGUGAACUAUUUGAGGCUUUCGAUUUAUUCGAUGUACGGGACUUUGGAAAGGUUAUGGACACAUUGUCCAAACUCUCACAUACACAUAUUGCACAGCAAACUGGAAUAAGGCCGUUUCCAACAGAAGAAAGUGUUGAAGAUGAAGACAUUUAUAACCAUCUUGAGGAUCUGAUAGAUGAGAAUGGCGUUGAAGAUGAGGAAGAUCUCUACGACUGUGUGUACGAUGACGAUGAAGGUGGAGAGGUGUAUGAAGACUUGAUGAAGGUUGAGCUGGUAGCACCACAGAAACAGGCUGAGACAGACAUCAGGAGCUGCUGUCUGAUGGAAAUUAAACAGACGGAAGAGAAAUAUACUGAGACUCUGGACUCCAUAGAGAAAUUCUUUAUGAAGCCUCUGGGACAGUCACUGUCUGGUGUGGAGAUUGAAAAAGUCUUCAUCAAUAUUCCAGACCUUGUAAAAGUGCACACAAGCCUUUUGAAGGAGGUCCAGGAGUCUGUGCUUCAACAUAAUGCUAGUAACAUGUACCAGAUCUUCAUAAAGUACAAAGAGAGAUUAGUCCUGUAUGGAAAAUACUGCAGUCAAGUAGAGUUAGCCAUUGCGUGUUUAGAUGACAUUUGUAAGAAAAGAGAGGACGUCAGGCAGAUGUUGGAGUUAUGUUCCAAACGAGCCAAUAAUGGGAAGUUUACCCUGAGAGAUCUGCUUGUUGUUCCAAUGCAGAGAGUUCUGAAGUAUCAUCUGCUCCUUCAGGAACUGGUAAAACACACCCAUGAUGCCACAGACAAGAGUAAUUUACGCCAAGCUCUAGACGCCAUGAAGGAUCUGGCCCUGUAUGUCAACGAGGUGAAGAGAGACAUUGAGACUCUGCGGGACAUCGACCAGUACCAGAAAUCUAUAGAAAACCUUAAUCAGUCUCUCCGUAACUAUGGGAGACCGAAAGGUGACAGUGAAGUGCGAGUAGCUUCAGUCGACAAACGAGCCAAACAAGACAGGCACAUUUUCUUGUUUGACGCAGCUGUGAUUGUAUGCAAACGACGGGGAGACAACUACGAAAUGAAGGAAGUGAUCGACCUCUACUCAUUCAAAAUCACCAACAACCCGACCUCUGAAAGAGAAAACAGAAAGUGGUAUCAUGGAUUCUACCUCACACACAACCAGGGUCAAACCGGCUUUGAGUUCUUCUUCAAGACCAAGGAGCUAAAGAAGAAAUGGCUGGAGCAGUUCGGCAUGGCCUUAUCGAACAUCUGUCCAGAGAGUGGGAAAUGUAAUUUCCAUGAGUUCCGCAUGCACACCUUCGAGACGACCACAUCCUGCAGCUCGUGUAAAAUGCUGCUGAGAGGCGUCUUCUGUCAAGGGUACCUCUGUUCCAAAUGUGGUGUGGGUGCCCAUAAAGAGUGUCUUGGCAGAGUGGAUAUCUGUGCCAAAAGCGCUGUGUGUUUGUCCAAAAUUGUCAGAUUCAGUCUAACCAUGCCUAUUUUCAACAUGCUCACAGAUUCCAGCUCUUUUGGAUCACAGAUUGGAAAAACACCUAGUCACGGAGGUUAUGCAGGUUUGCCUAAAAUGCUGGUCAUUCGCAAUUAUUAUGGGGUUCCGAGCCCUUUGUGCGGCCCGCCACUCAACAUCAAAGUCGGUGAUGUCAUCGAGCUGAUCGAAGCGAACGUCCGCAGCUGCUGGUGGAAGGGUAAAGUCCUGGCAAAAGACUUUAAAGAGUGUAAAGAGGUUGGCUUCUUUCCAAGCGAUGCAGUGAAGCCUUGCCCAUGUGUACCCAAACCGAUUGACUAUUCUUCCCAGCCUUGGUUUGCAGGCCCAAUGGAGAGGCUGCAGGCAGAGGCCACACUGCUAAACAGGCAGAGCAGCACAUACCUGGUGCGUCACAGGAGCCGAGAGUUUAACGAGUACGCCAUCAGCAUCAAGUACAACAACGACGUGAAACACAUCAAGAUCUUAACAAAGGAGGGAUCUUUCUACAUUGCGGAAAACAAGAAGUUUGGAAGCAUUUUGGAGCUGAUUGAGUAUUACAAACAUCACUCUCUGCGGGAAGGAUUCAGGACACUUGAUACCACACUACAGUUUGCCUACAGAGAGCCGGAGAAUGGAGCCAACAUGUUCACUCCUAAGGUGAUGGGCAUGGCGAUCGCCCGCUACGACUUCAGCUCCAGAGACACACGGGAACUGUCCUUGCAGGAGGGGGACGUGGUGAAGAUCUACAGUAAAACUGGAGCCAAUGGGUGGUGGAGGGGUGAAGUCAAUGGCCGGGUGGGCUGGUUUCCCUCCACCUAUGUAGAGGAGAGCGAGGAGUGAAUGGCCGAACGAUUGCGUACAAGAGAAAGGAAAUAGAACGAAUAGCAGUGAGGGUGGAAAAGGACUGUGUUUGACUGGACAGAGCUUGAGCCAAGCCACAGAGUCAAAAAGGGCAACCGAUUGGCUGGUGCUCUCACUUGCUUGCUCUCUCUCUGUCUUGUUUCUCUAUCCUGGAGCUAAACUGGAAGGCGGAGAGUGCACAUGGGGCUUGAUAGAUGAAGGACUGUCUCUUAGGGAGCAGAUUAUCAAACACAACCCAGGACCCGUCUCUUCGAACAGACUGUAUCUUACAACUUCCUUCCGGGCGACCCUGGACAGAGCGCCACGGGUGAAUUCGAACCUUUGCACGCAGAGGAUCCUGCUCCGGUGAGCUGGAGCACACAGAAUCGGACUGAGAUUGCACUCUGAGCUAUUUCUGUAUGUGUGUGUUUGUGUGUGACUGUUUGUGGAGGGUGUCUGCUCACAGAGAAACAUGUUUGUCCUGACCUUGCCCGAAUCCUCCUUACCUGAACUAUUAUUGAUGACACCCCCUCCCCUCCUCGUCUCUACGCUGCCCCUCGAGGUGUUCCCACACAGAUCUCGCCCUACCACCCAGCUAUUCAUCUCAGAUUAAAAUCAUAGCCUCCUGACAGGAAGUGCCAUGUAGGUGCACAAGCACUGUGGUAAUUGAUUGCUGUCUUUUCCCUGUUUCCUUCCUACAAAAUCUCUUAUUUUCAGAUUUCUGCUUAAAAUAAGGCCUGGUUGUGUUUUUGAGUGUGCUUAUCUAGGGAGAUGUAUUGUGGGGUUGUCACACCCUGUUUAUCUGAUUUGUGCAUUUCCGCAUUGUUGGGGAGAUGAGAUGUGACAAGAUGUUGGCACUAGCCAGGUGGAUGACAGGAAACAAAAGGGAUUGCAGUGACAGGCCAGUAAACAGCUUUUUCAGCAGGCAAGCAUUGCGUCCCUCCUUGCAGAAGUGAUCCUAUUAGAUAGUGCAGACAAUGUUCAACUAAUUGGGGGGGGAUUAUACACAUUUACGGGAAAAAUGUACGCUUUGAAAAACAAUUAACCACAUAAUUCUGUUUUGCACACACCCAGUGGAUCAGAGGACUUGUAAAUCUCAUGUGAUGUACAAACUAGUGGUUGACCGAUAUGGGUUUUUCAAUGAAAGAUGCUGAUACCAAUAUCUAGAGAGCAAGGUGGCCAAUAUAAUGCUGAUAUUCACAGUUUUUCUGAUCAACCACUGGGCGGCGCCAUGUUGAUUUAGAUUGCCGCUGGACUGUUUUUUGGUUCCAGUCUCCAUAAAAUGCAAUGUAACAACUACAGAAACAUGUGAUCCACAACUAUUUUCAAGGAAUAUUCCGGGUUCAACACAAGUUAAGCUCAGUUGACACCAUGUGUGUCAUAAUGCUGAUUACCACAAACAUUUAUUUCGACUCGCCCCUCCUUUUCUUUAAAAAAAGCCAAAAUCGAGGUUACAGUGAGGCACUUACAAUGGUUGUGAACAGAUCCAAUUUUUGGAGAGUUUAAAGGCAGAAGGCUUAUUAUUUUAUAAAAGCACACAUUAUUUCUUCUGUUAAAACUCAUGUAUUAUUUGAGCUGUAAAGUUGUGUAAAUCUACAGUAAUUUUAGGGUUUGUUGACAUUACAUUGCCAUGGCAACAAAGAUGUAAAAUUGGCAAUAACUUUACACAGAAAAACUUAGUAAAAGUGAUUUUAUCACACUAAAAUCUUGUUUACAAGCAUAAUGUCUUGUGGCUAUACUUUUAAAAAAGUAUUUUAACGUUCAAAAAUUGGCCCUUUUCACUUCCAUUGUAAAUGCCUCACUGUUGCCCAGAUUUUGGCUUUUUAUUAAGAAAAGAAGGGGCAAGUCAAAAUAAAUUUUCUUUUAAUCAAUAUUAUGCCACAAAUGCUGUUGAUUGAGCUUAACUUGUAUUGAACCCGGAAUAUUCCUUUUAGUGUUAGCUGGAGUAAAAGUGAGUUCAGUUGUAAUAACUUGAAGCAGUUAAUAUCAAUGUAAUAUCAAUAACAACAUAUAACCUCGGGCUAUAGCUUCAAGUCAUCUACUCACUCCAUCGUGACUCUUCAUUUGGCAAUUUUUGUACAAAUUUUUGCACUUAUUAUUUGCAAAAAAAAAACAACAACUUUUCUGAGUGAUUUUUGCAAUGACUGUUAAGCAACUGGCGACAACCAAAAAGUGUCCAAAUACUUUAGUCUUCAUUUAUUUUUAUUUUUUUUAAACCUAACAAGCAUCUUUGUGUAGAAUGUUUUGCUUGAAAAGUGUUCAAGCAAAGUAAAUGCUACUUGGUUGAUAUUUUGUUAUAAAAUUCCAAUACAUUCGUGCAUUUUGAAGUGUGACUUAAGUGUAAAUACUUUUUGGGGCCACUUAAUAUGUAAUGCAGUUGAAUGACAGAAAACGCAUAUUUUACACAACAUUUAUCCAAAAUGUGUUGAAAAAAAUUGGCCUGGCCCAUAUAUCAGUCUAUCAGUAGUGUAAACUGACAUCACCAGAGAAGAACCCUCUUGUCCGAGGGUCAGUAAGUCAUGCGGUACAUCUAAAGAUGGCACUGGUAAAUAAGAGACAUGAGAUGGAUUGAGAUUAUUUUUUCACUUCCUGCAUUACUGGAAUCACCUUGUUCUCAAACAUAGCUGUGGGACUCUCUUUAGAUUUUCCAGAGCUAUGAUGAACUAGGUGGAUGCUUUACCUGCCUGCAGCUAAACAUAGAUGUGUGUGAAAUCUGAAUGGCCUCUAAACUGAUAAAAUGUGACAAAGUUAUAGUUUUCAGUGUGUUUAGACUGUGUUGAGGUGACAGACACUUUAACAGGAAAGAAGGUCAUAUCAUGAAACACUCCAACUGCUUGUUUGCCUCAGAUGGUUAGAUAAAAGUGAUCUCUUUAAAAAAAAAAAAAAAAAUAUGUGUAUAUAUUAUUUGUGAUCUAAAAAGAGACUCUGACAGGAAAAGACAUUCACAGUUUCAGCAUCCUUUACCGAGGAAUACAGACAAAUGUAUAAAACUAAAAACAAAAACAGACUAUAAACCAGUCCAAUGUAAUGUAUCUUCAUUUAUAAAUGGCUUUUCUAACAUCACGUUAUUCAGUGGUUUGAUUUAACACAAGGAUAGACAUUUUAUUAAUACUUGUCAUUUUAUCUUUUCUUUUACCUUUGUUUUUUCUUUCCAAGUGUUACAAAAUGUAUUAUAAAAUUGUCAGAAUUUGUUGCCUGUUAUUGGGCACGAGUUAUGUAUUUUUUUAUUCCUGUAAAUUGAGAAGACAUGUAGUGUAAAAAUGGGUGAAUAUUUAUUGAUUUAUAGACAUAUGUGUUAUAAGUCAUACAGUAUAUGUUAAAGAUAUUGUCUUCAAUUUAUAAUGUGAAUAUGGUAUUGAUCAGUUGUUCCCUGUUGCGCCUCCCUUCACAAUGUAGCACCACCACCAGCAGCUUUUAUUUCCUCAUCAUUCUUUACCCUUCAAGCCUUUAAUUCCACUUUCUCUUUCAUUUUCCUAGUCGCUUUAAUGCUGGCCUCAAGUCUUUGUAGGAAGUUCUGACUUACAGUUUCAGAAGUUGCAAUUAAAGUAUAAUGAUGUCCAUUCAAUUCCAAAAUUCCAAAAAACUUCUUGGCAAAGACAGGUUUUAAACUUUAAAACUUUUAUUGCUAGUACAACAAAAUGAAGAGCAAAGGACGUGUAUUUAAUAGAUGCUUAAUCUGUGUAUUUGAUCAGAAAUGUUGUCUUUUCUGGCAGGUUUUAUCACUGUUCUUCAUCAACAGUACUAAAAAUGCAUUCAAACAAAAUUAUACUGUCAAUGUUUAAUGAUCAAUAGAUUGAUCAGUUAGCUUCCGCCAUGAUUUUUUAAUUGACACGUUGCCAACUCGUAAAGUGAAGUUUCCCACUAAUAAUUCAGACAUUGUGGUGUUUAUUUGCACUUAUUUUGUAAAUAUGAUCAUUACCGACUUGACUUGAAGGCAGCAUACGGGCCAAUAAUAUUGGAUGAUUCCGGUGUUUUCCUGUUUUUGCAGUAUCAGUUUUCUCCUGUCUAAACGGAAGUGCCGUUAUAUCAGAGGAUUCAAGUAGAUUAAAUUCUCAUUAGAGAAAUCACAUCCACCAACGAUUUACGACACUGUCCAAAAUCACUGCAGCCUCUCCCACCCUUAUUUUUAAAGGCGAAAGGUCAGUGUUUAUAUUGGUGUUUUUUCAAUUGGGCAACGACUGAAAGAGGAUUUUUGGUCUGGCACCAAAAUCUGUGGCGAAAUCCGUGCCCGAGGCAGAUUAUAGUCUUCUCCUGGGUGCACUGUUCCCUACACUCUAACUGCAAUUGGUUUUCAAAAUCUUCUCGCUGGUAAUCUGUUCCCACUGCCGUUUCCCCAGAGAUGAACUCUGACAGGACAGAUUUAACAGGCUUCUACACAUCAUUAUAUAUUUAGAUAUGACAGAGUCUGUUUCUACACAGAGUUGUGGGCCACUGAUCACCUAGCGAUUUCUAACCUCGAAGGAAGGAGAUUUCUGCCUCUUUUUGUUUCCUUUUUCAUAGUAUCUCCCAGACUUUUCUCCUUCUCACACCUUCAUAAUCUGAUUCUCCUUCUCUAGAUGUCUUUCACUUUUCAUGCACUAUCCAUCCUGCCUAUUGGCACAAAAUAAAUAAAUAUACAAAUAAUAUGAAAUAAAGAACAGGCUUAUUUGCUGUAAGUCACUUUAAGGGAUAGUUCACUCAAAAAUGACAAUUCUGUCAUCAUUUACUCACCCUAAUGUUUGACUUUAUUUUAUUUUUUUAUUUAUUUUUUUGCUGUGGAACACAAAUAGAGAUGCUAGGCAGAAUGUAAGCCACAGUCACCAUUCACUUUCAUUGAAUGGAAAAAAAGAUGCAAAGAAAGUGAGGCUAACAUUCAGAACAACAUAUGGGUGAGUUAUUGAUGAUGACAUUUUCAUUUUUGGGUGAACUGUCGCUUGAAUGCAUCAUGCUAAACCGUACUGUCUUUUUUAUUGUUUGGUUGUAAUGCACAGAUUGUGACAUUUUGUUACAAUUACUUUGGGCUAUUAAACUAGUGGAAAAGCCAUACUAUAUGUAAGUAACCUUGAGUAACUAAAUGGCUGUAAACUAACGGUACUCUAAGUGACUCUUUGCUAAAAUUCUGUCAUCAAUUGAAGCCAAAGACUUAGCAUGCUUGACACCGAGCCUGGCUGCCAUGGAAACGCCACAGUGGCCUAACCUGUAGCUGUGCAAUCCAAGUGUCCUACAGUGCCAUAUAGCUGCUGUAUCACACCUGUACUGUACAUAUGUAAAUAAAGUUACCAUAAAAAU